ACAUUUUCCCUUCAAACUACCAGACGUAAAAAGCUUGAAUAAAUACACAAACAGACGUCAUUGAAUAGUGAAGCUGAACAUAUCCUUACUAAAACAUUUACUGUGAGGGCUGAAAUAUAUAUAUAGGUGUAUGUAGUUAAGUCAUUAUCACCAUAGAAAGAAAAAACCCACAUUAGAGUUCUCAUUUCCCAAAUGAAUGAAUCAACAAUGGAUUGCUACACCUCGAAAAUUUCAGUUCUUCUGCUACUCUUGCUAUCUGCAAUGGUACUGCACAAAGGCAAGUGUAGCACGCACAGUUGCAAUGGAAAAGAUCAAUCUGCCCUGUUAAUCUUCAAACAUCAUGUGAUAGACCCUUUCAACUACUUCUCCUCUUGGUCUGAUGAAAAACAUUGUUGUGCAUGGAAAGGAGUCUGGUGUAGUAAUGUGACUGGCAGAGUUACAACACUUGAUCUCAGCAACCAAUAUUUGGAAGGUGAAAUCAACCUAUCUCUGCUUCAAAUUGAAUUCUUGACUUACUUGAACUUGAGUUGCAAUAGGUUUUCAGCUAUAAGUCUUAGAAACUCAGAAUACCAAUCACUAGCCAUACCUUCUAAUGCUUAUGCUAACUUCUCUAGUCUCAAGUACCUGGACUUGUCCUUUAAUGAAGAUCUUCAGUUGGAUAAUCUUCAAUGGCUUUCUCAUCUUUCUUCAUUGAAAUGCCUCAAUCUUAGUGCAAUUAAUCUUCAAAGUCAAACAAACUGGCUUCAAACCAUGGCCAUGCUUCCUUUUCUUUUGGAGUUGAGAUUGUCAAUGUGUCGUCUAAAAAAUAUCAACCCUUCUGUCAUGUUCGUGAAUUUUACUUCACUAGCCACUCUUGACCUGUCUCAGAACAAUUUCUACUCCGAUUUGCCUUAUUGGUUGUUUAAUGUUAGUAGUGAUAUCUCUCAUAUUGACCUUAGCUCCAAUGGUUUGAGGGGCCAAAUACCCAAGGCUUUGUUAAAUCUUAGAAAGCUUAAAUCUUUAAGAUUAGAUGACAAUGCACUAACGGGACCUAUUCCAGAUUGGUUAGGGAAGCAUCAACAUCUGCAGAAUCUUAAUCUAACUGAGAAUCUGUUUAAUGGUUCCUUUCCUUCAAGUCUUGGAAAUCUCUCAUCCUUGACACAAUUUGGAGUUAGCUCUGAUUCAUUGAGUGGUAAUCUUCCAAACAGCAUCGGCCAGCUCUUUAACUUAAGGAGUUUAUACAUCGGAGGAUCUCUGUCAGGAGUUCUAUCCGAAAAGCAUUUUUCCAAACUCUUCAAUUUAGAAUCACUUGUCUUGCUUUCAGCUUUUUCAUUUGAUUUGGAUCCCAACUGGAUUCCUCCUUUUCAGCUCCGUGAAAUUGACCUGAGAAACACAAUUCUAGGUCCAACUUUUCCAGAAUGGCUAUACACACAGAGAACACUAGAAACUCUGGAUGUUUCAUCCUCAGGAAUAUCAUCCAUAAACGCAGACAGGUUUUGGGUCCUUUUAGCCAAUGUCAGAUCAAUCAGAUUGUCCAAGAACAAAAUUAGUGCUGAUUUAUCAAAUGUCACUCUAAAUUCUGAAUACAUAAUCAUGAACAACAAUAAUUUCACAGGAGGGCUACCACUCGUAUCUACAAAUGUCUUCUACUUAGAUCUAUCUUACAAUUUCCUGUCUGGACCCAUUUCCCAUUUAUUGUGCUCCAAAUUGGGAAGGGAAAUGAAUGCAUUAUAUUACCUGGAUGUAUCACAUAAUCUUUUGACUGGAGGAAUUCCUGACUGUGGGGAAAAUUGUAGAGCUUUGGCUUUACUAAAGAUUAACAACAAUAAAUUAGGUGAUGAAACUCCUUCAUCAAUGGAUUUGUUAAAUGAAGGUAUUGGAAUGGAUUUAAACAAUAACAACUUGUCUGGUAAUUCACUGGAAAUUUCAAACUUUAAGUCCUUGGAAUACUUGAACCUUGCAGAAAACAAAUUUUCUGGGGUUGUACCAUCAAAGAUUCCAAAGAGCAUUCAAGGGUUGAUAUUGAGAGGCAAUGAAUUUAGCGGCAAUAUUCCAGCAGAAUUAUGCAGUUUACCUUCCCUAAGACUACUAGAUCUUUCACAAAAUAAACUUUCUGGGUCUAUUCCUUCUUGUAUACUCAAUAACAGUCUCUUGGAUGGUGCUGGAACAAUAGAAUAUCAUCUUGAAUUUAGUUUUGAAUUAUUUUUGAGAGGUAGAGAGGUGGUGUUUCAAGGUGGUUGGGUACUUGGAAUGCUUGACCUUUCAACAAACAACUUGUCUGGAGAAAUCCCACCACAACUUUUUAACCUCACUCAGUUGUCCGCUUUGAACUUGUCCAGAAAUCAUUUGGUGGGAAAGAUAUCAAGCAAUAUCGGUGGCAUGACAAAUUUGGAGUGGCUUGAUCUCUCCAACAAUCAUCUUUCAGGGGAAAUUCCUUCAUCCAUCUCCAACUUGAGUUUCUUAAGUUCGUUCAAUCUAUCAUACAACCAUUUCACUGGAGAAAUCCCAUUAGGGGGACAGCUUCAAUCGUUCGAUUCAUGGAGCUAUGUUGGAAAUCCUGAACUUUGUGGACCUCCUCUUCUAACAAAGAAUUGCUCUGAGGAAGUAAAUCAUGAAGAGGCACAGCAAGAUGGAUCAAACGAUUCCCUAAACGAGUCGUUCUAUAUUGGGAUUGGAGUUGGAUAUGUUGCUGGCUUUUGCGGAUUUUGGCAUUCUUUGCUCCUCAGUAGAGCAUGGAGACGCAUUUAUUUUCAGUUCCUGGAUAAUAUUAUAGACUGGCUUUAUGUGUUUGUAGCUCUUAAGUUGAAUAAGUUCUGUGAGUUACGAGCAAGUUCAAGGUGAAGUGAAGACCUUUUGGAAAAGUGGUAAUGUCAAAAAACUACUUCUAAAUUACUCAUUUUGGUUUUUGGAUGUACAUCUAGUUAAGUGCUUUUUUAAAAUGAUGAGUGUUGUCCCUUGUAAGAACAAAAAUUGGUUUUUGACUCAGAUUGAACUUUUACCAAGGUUAAACCAUCAAAAUCUUGUCUCACUGAUCGAAGAUUGUGACAUAGUUAUCUUUUCUAUAUGAUCUUGGAACAAGUUUUAUUUGAGAUUAUGAGUGUCCAGAACCAUGAUAAAAUGAUAUGUUCUAAAUGAACCUGCUUAAUGAUUAAACAUACUAUAGCAUAAGGUAAACAUUUAUGUGAUAUUGAGUUGACAUGCAAAAUACUGAGCUUAUUGAUGAUAACAAGGGACAAAUGAAUUGAUUACUGGAACUCAUUUCCUGCAAUUUCUUCUUCUCUUAGACUUUCCACAUUGCAGGUUUAGGCAUUUAAGCUUGAAAGGCUUAAAAAUUCUGCAACAAAGAAAAUGGUGAAAGGCUUACCUUUAUUUAUGUCCCCUCGAAGUUGUGGAAAGAUUGUUCUGUGGGUAACCGACAUUGAGACUCAUUUGUAGUGAAGAGUUAUUAAAGAGCAUCACAAAUUCUGCUGCUCGUUCAUGCCGUUGUGAACCAAUUAAGCCAUCCCCAAAUAGCAAUAAAAGGUAUUUGAUUAUGAUGAUUUUAGCCAAUAAAAAAUGGCAUGGCUAUACUUUUUGGCAGAGAAAUAAAAACCUUUUACUGCUUUGCUGGGAAUUUGG